CUUUCCUUUUCCUUUCUCCUAAAAAGAUUUUAGCUUUUACUGUUUUGUUUAUUUUCUGCUCUACUCCCAAUCAACUGUUGGAUUUCACGUGUUUCUGCUCCAUAUUUGAUUGAUUAUCCCAAUUUGAUCUAACCUUGAAGUGACUCUAUCUUAAAUUCAAGUUCUCAAAUGGGGUCUGUAAAUAACUAUAGUUUUAAUAUCCAUAUCAAUCAUGUAAUAGUAUCAGGAUAAGAUUUGCAUGAUAUCAAGUUGUACUACUAUCGAAAUGAAAUGAGGUCGUCAUCCUUCGGGAAGGGGGGUGUGUCUGAGUGUCUCCAAUGGCGUAAAAAUUUAAAAUUUAUCCCACACUUUUUUCGCACAACCUAUAACCCUAGAAGUUGGGUUUUCAGUAUGAAGUUUAUGAAACUCGGAUCGAAGCCGGAUUUGUUCCAAUCCAGUAGCGAAAAUACACGGUAUGUAGCAGCUGAGCUCGCUACUGACAUAAUCGUAAAUGUUUGUAACGUCAAGUUUUAUCUCCACAAGUUUCCCCUUUUGUCCAAGAGUGGUCGUUUCCAGAAAAUGAUGACAAUUUCACACGAUGAAAACGCCAUUGAAAUCGAUCUCCAUGAAAUACCCGGUGGGCCUGGUGGGUUUGAGAUAUGUGCGAAGUUUUGUUAUGGAAUGACAGUUACAUUAAAUGCAUACAACGUGGUGGUGGCUAGAUGUGCAGCAGAGUAUCUAGAAAUGCAUGAAACUAUAGAUAAAGGAAACCUCGUUUAUAAAACGGAAGUUUUUCUGGAUUCGAGCAUUUUCAGAACAUGGAAAGAUUCGAUUAUUGUUUUUCAAACUACAAAGUCUCUUCUUCUUACAUCAUCGUCUGAUGAAUUGAAGAUUGUCAAUCGUUGUCUUGAUUCCAUAGCUUCAAAAGCUUCCAUGGAUCCCUGUAAAGUUGAGUGGUCGUAUACUUACAAUCGAACAAAAUCUGAAAAUGGUAACGAAACGCCACUUUAUAAUGGUGUUAGGAAACAGGUUAUGGUUCCUAAAGAUUGGUGGGUUGAAGAUUUGUGUGAACUUCCUGUUGAUUUGUAUAAAAAAGUUAUCACAACGAUUAGGGGUAAAGGGAAAGUAAGCCUUGAUGUUCUUGGUGAAUCUUUAAAAGCUUACACACAAAAAAGGUUAAAGAAUGGUGGCGAUGAUGUUAAAAUCCGUUCUUUGAUUGAAACGAUCAUGUUUCUUUUACCCAAAGAAAAAACGAGCGUUUCUUGUGAUUUUUUGAUUCAGUUAUUACAUGAAUCUGUUCGUUUGGAUUGUGGGGAAACAAGGAGGCGUGAAUUGGGUCAACGAAUUGGUCAACAGCUACAAAAUGCAUCGGUUUCUGAUCUUAUGAAUCUUGAUGUUGAUUUGGUUCAAGAACUCGUUAAGAUCUUCAUGAUGCAGGAUCAAAUUGCUGAUAAUGGCGACGAACAUGGCUUCCUUGAGGUCAAAUUCGUUGACUCUGCUUCCAAAGUCAAAGUAGCCAAGCUCAUCGAUUGCUAUGUUGCUGAAAUCGCCAAAAACCCUGAUUUGCCAUUGUUGAAGUUCACCGAUCUUGCAGAAAUUGUGUCAACUCUACCUCGAAUUUCGCAUGACGGAAUUUAUCGUGCUAUUGACACGUUUCUUAAGGAACACCCUGGGAUGAGCAAGAUUGAGAAGAAAAGAGUUUGUAGACUAAUGGAUUGUAGGAAGUUAUCAUCAGAAGCUUGCAUGCAUGCAAUCCAAAAUGAAAGACUACCUUUACGUAUUGUUGUGCAAAUUCUUUUCUUUGAGCAAAUACGAGCCGGGUCCCACGGGAGUUCGAGAUCGGGAACAACAAAUACAGAAGAAGAAUGGGAUUCGGUGCCCACAAGUGAAGAACUCAAGAGUUUGAAAGGGGAAUUUGGUUCUCUAAGGAUCAAAGAUGGUGGAAAUGGAAACCGAAAGGCGAAAGGAAUGGUCAUGUCAACAAGGAUACUGUCUAAGUUGUUUUCGAGCAAAGAUAAGGAUAGUGAUAAUGAGAGUUCGGAAACGUCUGGGAGUCCGAGUCCUUGUUCGACAAAUGUACGGGAGAUAAAGUCGAAUACAGGUUCAAGAAGCAGGCGACGUUCGACGUCAUAGUGUCUAGAUUGUAUGACCGUACAUACAUGCAGCCUAGUACUGUAUUUGGGUGUAUUAGACUGGGACUGGGACUGAGACUGAGACUGAUGUCAGUAAGAUAAAACUUGCUUUUGAUAAUAUCGUCUGUGCAAAAGACGUGAAAUGUCAUGUUAUCUUAAUCACCGAAAAUAGCACUAGAAAGGUUGUGUAGUCUAGUACGUUUUAUCUUAGUCUUAUCCAGUCAAAUCUUGUUGUAUCUUGUUCCCGAUAACAAAUGCAACUAAUUGUUAGAAUCCGACCAUAUUUUUGCUAGAAGCAUGUUUUAACUUUUAAAUGGAGAAGCACAAGUUUUCUUAUAAGGUUUCUAGCAUUUCAAGUUGCCUUGCUCAAAAGCUUGAUUCGAAUCUUAUAAUUGUUGUCAACUAUCAUACGUUUGUAUGUAUUAAAUUUGAUUGCAUUGAUAUGUGCGAAACAUUUCACAUGAAUCAUAUGCGAUAAAGUAAUGGACAAUGUUAAUAUGUAUUACAUUGUAUAAGAUGUAUCCGGCCCACAUUGGGUCCAGUUUGCGUUGGUCUAUUCCCAAAUUUCCGGAUCAAAUGCCAUUUGG